AUGAAGCGGGAACAAAGGCAUCAUAUUAGGCAACAGGUUCGAGAAACAUCCAUGGCUACUCACACUGAGUCACACACAGGUUAUGGGGAAAGCCUCUGUGGUGACAAUCAUGGUCUACUGGCCUGUUCAACGUUUCGCCUCCUGCCUGUGGAACACCGUAGGCGAGUUGUGAAGGCACAAGGAAGAUGUUUCAUCUGUCUUAAGAACUCUCACCUGGCGAAGAAUUGCAAGGCUAGGUCUUGUGAUAUAAACGAUUGCAAUGGAAAACACUCUCGGUGGCUCCAUAGCCCAGCUCCUGUGGAUCAGUCCCGAAGGAACCAUGAACAACAUGAAGAAAGCACAAAUCUGAUUCUGAAAGGUGAAGAACACAGAGAAUGA